UUAUGACAUCACCAUCAUUCUGUCAAUGGAACGCGCGCGCUCAGAACAAUCCCGAGAUUAGCUGGAGCGGCGCUGUGAGGGCGCAUUUGUCAUCAGCCAAGACGAAAACUGUGUCAAGUUGCCAGGGAGGAAGACUCAUCCCUCAUUUUUUUCUACCUUCUUUAAAACCAUCCCUCAUUUGCGCUCGAACUAACGCGUUUAAACCAUGGACGCGUCCCUGUUUCAGUUCUUCCUUGAGGAAUUCGGCGACCUCAACUGUACUCUCCUGGACGCUUUUCAGGACACUUUAUACGAGAAUUCGUCUUUUGCGUCGAUGAGCGUCGAUGGUGUCUAUUGUAACGCCACCACGGAUGAAAUCGGAACUUGCUGGCCAAGGAGCAACUCCGGGCGAAUCAUUGAGCGACCGUGUCCGGAGUAUAUUAACGGCGUCAAAUACAACACCACAAGAAUCGCUUACAGAGAGUGUUUGGAGAACGGCACAUGGGCACUGAAGAGCAACUACUCCAACUGUGAGCCCAUUCUAGAGGAGAAGAGGAAGUAUCCCAUGCACUACAAGAUAGCCCUCAUCAUAAACUACUUUGGUCACUGUGUGUCUGUUGGAGCCCUCAUUAUCGCCUUCAUUCUCUUUCUGUGCUUGAGGAGCAUCCGAUGCCUUCGCAACAUAAUCCACUGGAACUUAAUUACGACUUUCAUUCUGAGGAAUGUGAUGUGGUUUUUGCUUCAGCUGGUCGACCAAAACAUUUAUGAGACGAAUGAGCCUUGGUGUCGUCUUAUAACCACCAUCUAUAAUUACUUUGUGGUGACCAAUUUUUUCUGGAUGUUUGUGGAGGGCUGCUAUCUUCACACGGCUAUUGUGAUGACAUAUUCUACAGACAAGCUUCGGAAAUGGGUCUUCCUCUUCAUUGGAUGGUGUAUACCCUGUCCUAUAAUUAUAGUGUGGGCCAUUGCGAAACUCUACAAUGAAAAUGAACAAUGCUGGUUUGGGAAGGAGCCUGGGAAAUAUGUAGACUACAUUUACCAAGGGCCUGUGAUUCUAGUUCUUCUGAUCAAUUUUGUGUUUCUUUUCAACAUUGUGCGCAUUUUAAUGACAAAGCUGAGGGCCUCGACCACAUCUGAAACAAUACAAUACAGAAAGGCUGUGAAAGCCACUCUUGUGCUUCUGCCUUUACUGGGAAUCACAUACAUGCUGUUCUUCGUGAACCCAGGCGAGGACGACAUCUCUCAAAUUGUGUUCAUAUAUUUCAACUCGUUUCUUCAGUCUUUUCAGGGAUUCUUUGUGUCGGUAUUUUACUGCUUUCUUAAUGGUGAGGUUCGGUCUGCAGCCAGAAAGCGCUGGCAUCGAUGGCAGGAUAAUCAUGCGCUGCGGGUGCGAGUGGCGAGAGCGAUGUCCAUUCCCACAUCACCCACCCGCAUCAGCUUUCACAGCAUCAAGCAGACCACGGCUGUCUGACCUUUCAACAUGGCUUUUCCUAUUCAAUAAUUCAGCCACACAGACGGACUGCAAGUGGCACCGGAGACCAAGUGAUUGUUUGCCUCACUGAUUAUUCAUGGGUGUAUCAUCCAGUAACCAAUGAAUUUCGAUCAUAUUAUUUUCUGUGUCAUUGUGACAGCGGACCCUGAAUUUAAGGGCUGGAACAGUGUCGAGGAAAUGUUGCUUACCAUUCACUAAUCUGCAAGCAUCCAGAGGACAGUAGCAUCUUUUCAUAUUCAUAUUCAAAUCUAUCUAUCUAUCUAUCUAUCUAUCUAUCUAUCUAUCUAUCUAUCUAUCUAUCUAUCUAUCUAUCUAU